CCUCCGCGGUUGCUGAAUGGCUCAUCUGCGUCACGUGCCCGCCCCCCCUCUGCCGGCCCGCCCGGCUAACUCCGCGCCUCCCUCUCGCUGAGAAGCAGAAGUGGGGAGCCUUCGCGAGGCUGACCGGCGGUGGAGGUGGCGGCGGGGAAGAGAGAGGGAGAGAGCGCCAGCCAGCCAGCCAGCCAGGGCGAACAGGCAAGCGGACCGCCAGGCAACGAGCGAGCGAAGCAGACGAGCCCGUGUCGCCGCCUCUGCGGCUGAGGCGCAGGUGAGCCUGCUGAAGACUUGCCACCUUCACUCUGAACAUGUCUAGGAGAAGCAUAGACUAUGGGGAGCUACCGGAGUAUGAGAAGAGUCAGAUUAAAAGGACCCUGGAACUGGGCACUGUCAUGACAGUGUACAGCCUCAAAAAGAGUAAUCCAGAGAGGAGGACAAUCCAAGUCAUCAUGGAAACCAGGCAGGUUGCAUGGAGUAAGACAGCUGACAAGAUAGAAGGAUUCUUGGAUCUGAUGGAAUUAAAGGAAAUUCGACCAGGAAAAAAUUCAAAGGAUUUUGAGCGUGGGAAAGCAACACGGCAAAAAGAUGACCUUUGUUUUACGAUUUUCUAUGGUACUCAGUUUGUUCUCAACACCUUAAGCUUAGCAGCUGACUCGAAGGAUGAUGCUGACAAAUGGCUGUGUGGCUUGAAUAUCUUGCAUCAAGAAGCUAUGAAUGCUUCCACUCCAGCAAUUACAGAGAGCUGGCUCAGAAAACUGAUUUAUUCUGUGGAUCAAUCCAGAAGAAACAGCAUCAGCCUUAGAGAGCUGAAGACUGUGCUUCCUUCUGUAAACUUCAAAGUGAGCAGUGUGAAGUUCUUGAAGGAUAGGUUUGCAGAAAUAAAAGCUGUUAAAGAAGAACUGAGCUUUGAGCAAUUUCAUCUAUUCUACAAGAAAAUAAUGUUUGAGCAACAGAAAUCGAUUCUUGAUGAGUUCAAGAAGGAUUCCACUAUGUUUCUUCUAGGAAAUACAGAUCGCCCAGAUGCUUCAGCAGUGCAUUUGCAUGACUUUCAGAGAUUUUUACUACAUGAACAGCAGGAAUCUUGGGCUCAGGAUCUUAGUAAAGUUAGAGAAAGGAUGUCUAAAUUUAUAGACGACACUAUGAGAGAAACUGAUGAACCUUUUCUCUAUGUUGAUGAGUUCCUUACUUACCUUUUUUCAAGAGAAAACAGUAUAUGGGAUGACAAGUAUAACUCAAUUGACCCUCAGGAUAUGAACAACCCUUUGUCCCACUACUGGAUAUCUUCUUCACAUAAUACAUAUCUCACAGGAGACCAGCUUCGCAGUGAAUCUUCUCCAGAAGCUUAUACCAGAUGUCUCCGGAUGGGAUGCCGAUGUAUUGAGUUGGAUUGCUGGGAUGGUCCUGAUGGGAAGCCCAUUAUUUAUCAUGGAUGGACACGGACAACAAAAAUUAAAUUUGAAGAUGUUGUGCAAGCAAUCAAGGAACAUGCAUUUGUCACAUCUGAGUACCCGGUGAUUUUGUCAAUUGAGGAGCAUUGCAGUGUGGAGCAGCAGCGCUACAUCGCCAGGGUGUUUAGGGAAGUACUUGGGGACCAGCUUUUAACAAAGCCUGUUGAAGCUAGUGCUGAUCAGCUGCCAUCACCAACUCAAUUGAAAGGAAAGUUCAUCAUUAAGCAUAAAAAGCUGGGGCCAAAAGGUGAUGUAGAUGUGAACACGGAAGACAAGAAAGAGGAGAAAAAGCAACAAGGAGAACUCUACAUGUGGGACACCAUAGACCAGAAAUGGACUCGCCAUUAUUGUGCUGUGGCAAAUGAAACGCUCUCAUUCAGUGAUGACAUAGAGCAGAACAUUGAAGAAGAGCCAUCAAAGGAAGUGAAGUGUACCGAGCUGCAUUAUGGUGAGAAAUGGUUCCACGGAAAAAUGAAGGAAGGGAGAAAUACCGCUGAGAAGCUGCUACAGGAAUAUUGUGCUGAAAUGGGGGGCAAGGAUGGAACGUUCUUAGUGAGGGAGAGCGAAGCUUUCCCUAAUGACUACACACUGUCAUUCUGGAGAUCAGGCCGAGUCCAGCACUGCCGUAUCCGUUCCUCAAUUGAUGGAGAUUCCAUAAAAUAUUACCUGACAGACAAUCUCACCUUUGAUAGUGUCUGUGAUCUAGUUCAACAUUAUAAAGAAGCACACUUGCGGUGUGCUGAAUUCGAACUACGUUUGACUGAUGCUGUGCCUAACCCCAACCCUCAUGAAUCUAAGAAUUGGUAUUACAAUAACCUGAGCCGGGGAGAAGCAGAAGAUAUGCUGAUGCGAAUUCCUAGAGAUGGAGCCUUUUUGAUAAGGAAGAGAGAUGAACCCAAUUCUUAUGCCAUGACUUUCAGAGCUGAGGGGAAAGUGAAGCACUGCCGUAUCAAGCAAGAAGGCCGCCUCUUUGUCCUGGGAACGUCAGCUUAUUUUGAAAGUUUAGUGGAACUGGUGAACUACUAUGAGAAACACCCAUUGUAUAGGAAAAUGAAGCUGCGCUAUCCUGUGACUGAGGAACUGCUGGAACGCUACAGCAUGGAGAAAGAUCCUAACUCUUUAUAUGAUCUAAAGGCGUACGUGGAUCCCAAAGACAUAAAGCCUUCUGUGCCUCAGAGAACUGUUAAAGCCUUGUACGACUACCAAGCGAAAAGAGAAGACGAGCUGACUUUUUGCCGGGGGGCCUUAAUUCAUAAUGUCUCGAAAGAAAGUGGUGGCUGGUGGAAAGGAGAUUAUGGAUACAAAGUUCAGCACUAUUUCCCAGCCAAUUAUGUUGAAGAGAUGUCUUCUGAUAACAUGGAAGAACUUGAGAAUCAGAUAAUAGAAGACAAUCCUUUAGGAUCAUUAUGCCGGGGUAUUUUGGACCUCAAUAUGUAUAAUGUUGCAAAAAUGCCACAGGGAAAACAUGGAAAGUCUUUUGUCUUCAUCCUGGAACCUAAAAGUCCUGAAGAUCCUCCUGUUGAGUUUGCGACUGAGAAAGUGGAAGAACUAUUUGAGUGGUAUCAAAGCAUCAGGGAAAUCACAUGGAAAACGGCUGAAGAGGCAACUUUCAGGGUUUUCUGGGAAAAGAAGCAAUUAAUUGCCAUGGAAUUAUCUGACUUGGUGGUCUACUGCAUACCUACAAGCAAAAUGAAGGAUAACCUAGAAAAUCCUGAUUACAAAGAAAUCCGUUCCUUUGUGGAGACCAAAGCAGAAGGCAUUGUCAAGCAGAAGCCUAUUGAAGUACUAAAAUAUAAUCAGAAGGGACUGACGCGAAUAUACCCAAAAGGGCAGAGAGUGGACUCCUCGAAUUAUGACCCUUUUCGCUUCUGGUUUUGUGGCUCCCAGAUGGUGGCUCUUAAUUUCCAGACACCAGAUAAAUACAUGCAAAUGAAUCAUGCCUUGUUUUCACUUAAUGGCCGGACUGGUUAUGUACUCCAGCCAGAAAGCAUGAGGAAUGAGGCGUAUGACCCAGUGCCAAAUGAAUCCAAGAAGAAACUACAGAUGAUUUUGACAGUGAGGGUCAUCGGUGCUCGCCAUCUACCCAAGCCUGGUAGAAGUAUCGCCUGCCCCUUUGUAGAGGUAGAAAUUUGUGGGGCUGAAUAUGACAACAAUAAAUUCAAGACAACUGUUGUGAAUGAUAAUGGCCUUAACCCAGUUUGGAUAUCUCAAGAGCAAGUGAAGUUUGAAAUUUAUGACCCCAACCUAGCAUUUCUGCGCUUCACUGUUUAUGAGGAAGACAUGUUCAGUGAUCCCAACUUUUUAGCACAUUGCACUUUCCCUAUUAGAGGAAUCAAAUCAGGCUUUCGGUCUGUCCCUCUCAAAAAUGGAUAUAGUGAGGAUAUAGAGCUGGCUUCCCUCUUGGUUUAUUGUGAGAUGCAGCAGAUCCUGGAAGGUGAAGAAGAUCUCUAUUCAUCGUUUCGGCAACUGCGAGAGCGCCAAGCAGAGCUGAACAAUCAGUUAUAUGACACCCGACGAAACUUAAGGAAUCCCAGCAGAGAUGCUUUAUUGAAAGAGUUCAGUGUGAAUGAGGGUCAGCUACAAGUGUAUCAAGAGACAUGCAACAGGAGAUUGAGAGAGAAAAGAGUCAGCAACAGCAAAUUCUACUCGUAGAGGAACUGGUAUCCUUUAGUGACUAUAAAGUUAUCUGGUAGAACAGCUCUCCCAAAGUUGUCUGGCAGGAGAUGAUGUCUACCAGCUUUUUCAACUGUCACCACUGUCUUUGAUGUCACAUCCUAAACAGCAAGGGAGGUGAAGCCAGUGGAAAUAUUAUGGUCUGUGCAGAGUUAUUUCUACACAAUAGCUUCAAGAAUGUCAGAUUUCAGUUGGAAAAACUUUUGUUUCUAAAAAUCUUAACUUGUAAAAUCCUUACUUGAUUGGGUAGAAAUGUUAUUUAUUUUUCAAUGUAUGUAUACUUCAGAGGGGCGUGUGUGUAUGAAGGUUGAUUUAGACUAAAUGUACAUGGAUUUGUACUAUAUUUAGAGAUUAAAAAGUGCCUAACCAGUCAAUCUACUUUAGGUUUUUUAAAAACUAAACGUCUUUACACAAGAAAAACAGAUCAAAUGAUAAGUUUCUAGUAUUUCAUCUUAUUUGAAGCUGUGACAUAUCUUCAGUAGGAUCAUGCAAAUAUAAUGGGGAAUGCCAGGAUUUCUGUGUAACUUAAAUCUACAGAGAGACUCUUCAAUCCGUAUCAGAAUACAGCUCAGUGUUGAGGUUAUUCUUCAGCGCAAUUCAGGAAGAAUGCACUUGGUGUUAAACCUGGAGGAGGGGAAGGACAAAUGAAAGGAACUCUUCCCCUUUGUAUCCCAUGGAUUUAUAGUUAAUGGACCC